UUUGUUGUUCUUCUAACUGCGGUCUAUGCGGAAGUAGCAAGAGAAAAAAUGACGUCACGUAUCUAAACAAGAAAGUAGUCAAAGUCUUAUGACGAUUUGUGAAUUGUGACAUUUACAAAUUUCAAUCAUUUCAUGUUCAAAGAAGACUGACAUCAAGUAAUCAAGAAUGUUCAACUCGGGACCUAACUACGCGAAGUUGAAAACAAAUCUGAGACUCAUUAUAAAUCGUUUAAAAUUGUUGGAAAAGAAGAAAACGGAGUUAGCCUCCAAAGCAAGAAAAGAUAUAGCAGACUACAUAUCUGCUGGUAAGGAUGACAGGGCGCGGAUUCGGGUGGAACAUAUUGUUCGGGAGGACUAUCUGGUGGAGGCCAUGGAACUUCUAGAAAUGUUCUGUGAUCUGCUGCUGGCUAGAUUCGGUUUAAUUCAAACCCAAAAGGAGUUGGAUCCUGGACUAGAGGAAGCUAUUGCAAGCAUCAUAUGGGCAACUCCGAGACUGCAAGCUGAUGUUGGGGAACUGAAAUUGGUAACCGACCAACUAACAAACAAAUAUGGAAAAGAGUUUGGCCAGGCAUGUAGGACAAAUGAAUUGAACAAUGUCAAUGAGAAGGUCAUGCACAAACUUGGGGUACAAGCCCCACCCAAAAUCUUGGUGGAACGAUAUAUGAUAGAAAUAGCAAAGACUUACAAUGUGCCAUUCGAGCCUGAUCUUUCUGUGAUGAGUCAGGACGAAAUAUUUGCAGCAGAAAAUCUGCUGAUUGAUCUGGGAGAGAAGAAGGGUGGAGGGAGUAAUGGAAGUGGGGGGCCUAGUGGAGGGAUGGGAGUGUUGCAACCACAAAUGGGUGGUGGUGCUUCAGCCUCAGCACCUGCCUACCCUCCCCCAUCUCAACAACCGUAUCCGCCCCCUCAACAACAGUAUCCACCCCCUCAACAAUUAUACCAACCACCACAGGAUAAUAAGAUGCCACCUCCAUUACCACAGGCACCCCCAUCAGGAGGGAUAGGAGCAGGGGGAUUUGUUGACCCUGCUCAUUCGGGACCCCCACCCCCGCCUGGUCAGCAGUCAUUUAAUGAUUGGCUGGGAGAGGACCCAAAGAAGCAGGCACAUAAUCAGCCUCCUCCUCCAGCAGGAUUUAACCCCAAUGCUUUCCCUGACCUCCCCGCAGUUCCCAAUAACACCCUCCCUGAUCCAGGGAAUUCUGUUGGUGGCAGUUCAGCUGGUGGAGAGGAUGUGGACUUUGAUGAUUUGACCAGAAGAUUCGAACAAUUAAAGAAGAGAAAGUGAUCAAGGAUUUGAGAAUGUGUUUCAGUCAUAUUUUGUGGAAUUCAUCACCUUGCAUGAAUUAAUGAACAGUAGUUACUGUGAUUGGUCAUUAUUCUUGUGGCUUGGUAUAUAUAUAUUGUGGAUAUGCUGAAAACAAGCUGAUACAUGAUGAAAGUACAUGUACAAGGCAUUUUAUAAAUAUCUUAUCAAUCAUUUCAAGAAUGAAAACGGUUCUUGUUCUCAGUUAAUCUAGCUUUUAUCAAUAAAGGUGUUAAUAUACAAUCUUAGAAACCCAUUUAUACAUACUGUGAUUUCUCAAUGUUUUUAUGUGAUUUUCUCACUUCAAUGUACGAUGAAUAUCAAACUAUUGUGCAUGAAACUGUAAAAUGUUGUAGGACGUUUCAUAAUAAAAUUAACUGAUAUUCAUA